AUGAGCGUUCCCGACCAGACUCAGAUCUGCUACUGCAAACUCCAAAGCGGGCACUCGAUAGCUUAUCAAGUACUAAAACCCAGAACCAAGGGCUCACAAACAGAAAAUACACCAUUAAUCUUGAUCCAUGGAUUAGCUGGAGUCGGAUUGAUCGAUUGGUCUCCAUUCCCGGAAUCUUUAUCUCAUGAUCAUACCGUGGUGGUGUUUGAUAACCGAGAUAUUGGUUGGAGUCGACCUCCCAAAGGUCGAGAGAAUGAACCGUUGACUUUGGAUGAUAUGGGGAAUGAUACAAUAGAGCUUAUCAAUCACCUUCAAUUCAAGUCGGUCGACUUAUUGGGUUUUUCAAUGGGAGGAACAAUCCUUCAACAUAUUUUGAUGAAAUCAGACAAAUUACCUUUUCGGAUCAAACAUGCCAUUCUAGCGGCUACCUUUGCAGUAACUCCCAACAUGUCAGAUCUCGGUUUGUUCUUCCCUCAAGAAGGAGGAGACGACACGAAGACAGCUGAACAAAGGAAGUACGACUUUACUAAAAGACUUCUGGAGGCACAGUAUGAUGCUGAUUGGCUACCUAAGAACCUCGAGAUGCUAGAACAUCGUGUUCGGUUAUCGUCAAUGGCGAGAAGGCCUCGGGCUGUCAUUAUGCGGCAAGCAAUGGCAUGUCAAGGUAUUGAUCUAAGAGACGGUCUGUCGGCCAUCAGUCCCUCAAUUCCCAUCCUUUCAUUACACGGUCAAAGAGAUCAGAUUGUCGGAUUCAAAGAACAGGCCAAAAUAUUAGAAGCUAUACCUCAUGCUCAGAAAGCAAACGUACCUGAUCUAAAAUUUGGACAUAUGUGGUAUGAUUAUUUUGGCACUGAGGUUUGGGGGAAGAUAUUGGUAGAUUUUUUGGAUGUAGAUGGACGCGGGACUAAGCUUUAAAAAUGAUGGUCGGGAAGGGGAGGACAUGCGUUGAGAAAUAGAUAGGCUAAGAGGAUUGGUAAGAUAACAUGCACUCGUUGUCUCACCCUGAUUUUGGUCAAAUGAUACAUGGUUUUCUGAGCAUGAUUCAAUCUGUUGUGAAUCAUUCUUGACAAUGAAAGCUUAGAUUGAGGUUCACCAGAGGUGUCAAUAGAGUGGUGGAAACAAAAGGUAUGGUAGAGGAAUAAAAGCAUAUAUUCCUACUGCAGAUAUUAGCGGGACACAAACAUCUCAACCCAACCUACAGCCAUUGUAAGAUCUAUUGGCAGAUUUUGAGAGCUUUGUGUUGUUGCUAGAUUUGAUGUAUAGGUCAAAAACUUGAAGAAACCCUUUUGAGAUCGAUAACUCUACUGCCCAUUGGUCUAAUCUGCACCAGGAGAAUAGAU